CCAAGGCCCGCCCUCGGUGCCCCCGACUCCUGCCUCUGCUCUGCACGGUCCAUGCACGCUGCAGGACCAGAGCGACACUCGUCUUCCCUUGAACGGUGUUCAGUACAAGGCGUGUCAGUUUGUGGAUCAGUUGAUCCAAGUUACUCCUUGUCUAAUCUGACUGACAUAUAUUUGAAUACUGUGGUUUUCUUUCUUUUUUUCUACUUUGCUGCCCUUCCUGGAGGCAGUGGGUUCCAGAAGCCAACUGAUUGUCCCCCUGCCAAGUCACCAAGGGAAGCUGCUAAGCUGCUUAGUCCCUUCGGUCCUGCUCGUAGGGUCUUCCUGAUUGUCCACAGCUGUCUGGGAUGCUUCAGUCUCCUAAAACUGGAAACUCAAGGGUGCGAGCAGCACACACUGCCUCCCGCCACUGCCAGCCAGACUGAGUGGCCCGAGAGUCUCUGCAGGUCCCCUGGGGGCUGGGGACCGCUGAGGCUUAAUCUCAAGAACCAGGAAUGUCAUGUCCAUGCAGGUGUCUACGGACGUGUCUGGUGUGGUUUGCAGACCAUCAACAAGAUUUCAAGGCUUUAAAGAAAGGAGCUGGCUUCAGGAAGAGACAAAAUGACUUGACCGCUAUAACCUUCAAGUGCAGACUGGGCGAAGAGGUAUCAACUGUACAUGAGCUGGAGAGGGGCGGGAUAGAUAGAGACACAGGUGAUAAAGAAAAUAUAGCAAAAUGUGAAAUCCUACAGUC